AUCGAGGGCACUCACAUGUAUGAAAACUUUCCUGAUCAGUUGGCUGACGGUUGUUAAGAUGCUCUCGAGAACAAUACUUUCAUUCUUACUUGAGUGAGUCCAAUAUCUUCAUCAUGGGAAACUCUAUUGAUUGCUGUUACGCCACUCGUCAAUACAACCAGUGUUUCUUCCCGUGCAUUCGGUCGUGUUCGUACACCACUCGGCGAGUCUGGUACAAUUACGAUGGUUUGGAGACUGUGCAACCUUUGAUUGACAUCAUUAAGCCUGAGAAGGGUGUGAUCCGAAAGUUUCCGAAGUCACUAGCGGACAUCAAUACAGACAGAGAAAUAGCGAGUGAACUGGCAAUAGGCCUUGAUACACCAGGACAGCUGGCCGCUAUUUGUCGCUUUGCUAGUAACUACGGUUACCGUGUGCGAGCUGUGGGGACUGGGUCCUCAUGGUCGCGUUUGACCAGUACACGUGACAUUUUGAUUGACAUGACAAACUUGAACAGGAUUUUAACACCAAAACCUGCCAAAAGAAAAGACAAUUUGAAGCAGGAGUUUGUAGAUAUUGAGGUGGAAGGAGGAAUGCAAGUGCAUCGCUUUGUGGAAAAGCUAGACAAGGUCUACGGGCUGGCGCUACCCAUGAUGGGAAAUUACGCUGGUCAGACAGUGGCUGGGGUGGCCUGUACAUCAACUCAUGGCUCGGGUUACUUUACCGGCACCAUGUCUACUUCAGUCGUCGGUUUUCACCUCAUUAUUUCAACCGGCAUCCAAGUGAGGCUGAGUCAUGGAGAAGAGACUUUUGACCAGUGUCAGGAAAAGAUCAAGCAUGCGCAGUUCGGGGGCGCCCCCGUUGAGUUGAAAAGCACCGAGGUGUUCAGAGCGGUAGCUGUGAGCUUGGGUUCGAUGGGAAUUAUUUACUCUAUUACAUACCGCUGUAUUUCCGUAUACAAGAUCGAAGAAGAGCGCACUGAGGUGAAAAUUCCAUGGCCCGGGAAAGAGAAAUUCCGCGUAAAACAGAAAUUUGAACCCAUGUUCACCAAUAGAGCGGAAGGAGAGUUUUUCUCGUUUUUUGUGAAUCCAUAUCCAGCGCAUAAAAGAUUCUUGUAUGCAGCCUACCUAAAAGGGAAGAGAACAUCCCGCCGAUCCACAUGCUGCGCCUGCUGUUCUUGGUGGUGUUGUAAAGGCGGUAGAGGAUGCGUAGAUGUGGAAUGCGUGCAAACAGACUGUAUAGCGUCAUGUCUUCAAACAUGCGCUUCGUGUUGCCCAACUAGAAUACCAGAUAUCACAAACUGUGGUGUUUCGCAGUUCUCUCGCGAGCAUUCCUACGUGCAGAGAUGGUAUAAUGUGCUGCAAUUCACCAAGGGAAACAUGCACGUGCGCACAGCUGAAUUUUGUCUUCCGCUGUCCCAGUUGGACGAGGCUUUGGGUGACGUCAUUGAAACAGCCAAUCAGUACGCCGAUAAGUUUUCCCAGUACUCUUUGCUACCCAUUUACGUGCGAAUAGUAAAGACAGACGAUUUGUAUCUGAGUCCAGCCAACGGGAGAUGUCCGCAAGGAGGACAACACGACCACGCUUGUUAUAUUGAGGUUCCAUUUUUACCGGGUGCAUUUGGCAUUGAGGAGUAUCACAAGACCAUUGAGGACAAACUGUUCUAUAAAUACAAAGCACGACCUCACUGGAGUAAGAACAACCACCUCACCACAGGGAGGGUCAUUGAACUAUACCCAGAGCUUGAACAAUGGAAAAAAGUCUUUAGAAUGUUCAACUCCACUGGAAUAUUCUGCAAUGAAUUUACACAUAACAUGGGCUUCGACACGUGUAUUGCAGAUCUCGUAAGACCUAGGAACGCACCGGGUAUUGGGAUUGAAAAUGACGGUCUUGAAAUAGAAGAUGUCAUUACAGUUGAACCAAUAAAUUGAAUUGAAUGCUUUACUCACGCCAAAACCGCUGCGAUACUUCAGAAGAAGUGUUAGAUCUGUGAAAAACUUCUUUAGAACAAAUGAUGAAGUUAGAUAUAGAAUCGGAACAAAACAUUCCCCUCAGUGAGAGCAGGGCAUUUCCUUAGUUGUGUUGAACCCAAUAGGAUAUAAUUUUUUUGUACAAACUAUGACAACCGAAGAGACAAGUAAAUUAUCUUUGCCAGAAAAGUUUUACAAGAACAGUCUACGCGCUGACGACAGCAAGAUACUCCAUGAUCAGGUUGCGCGUAGACAGGGCAUAAACAAGAAGAAAGCCGCCAAGUGGGAUUUUAGAGCCACUGUGGAGAAGAAGGUGCAAGAAAUUUCUCAAAUUUUAUGGCUGUUGCGAUAUUAUUCCAUAAAUUUAAUGUAUUAUGCUUAUUAGCUUUUUCGGCUCUGUUACAUUGCCUAAGCUGUUUUAAUUCGUACCCUCGCAUGAUGUUAAUAAAUGUAGUAGGAUCAGUGUCAGUAUUGCGAGCAAGCUAUGCCGUCAUCUGUACGUGACUAUGAUACUUUUUAAAAGUAAAAUGUAAAAAAAGGAAAUCACAUCUUGUUUGAAAAAAUUUGCGUUAUAACGCGAAUAUCUUUGUUCACAAAGUUUCUCCUAAUGAAAUCAAUCAACAAAUGACCCUUAACUUCUCCUUCAGCUCGCGUUUCACGUCUGAUCGUAAAAAAUUGAAACGGGGUCACAAUGUUGUUUGGUUUGCAACAA